AUGGCAAGUGAUGUAACAGAAAAGUGGGCCUGUUCACAGUGUACUUACGCGAAUUUUCAAACGGCAAGGGCAUGUACGAUGUGUCGCACUCCACGACAUUCAGUUUUUAUUACUGAGCCACCCUGUACUUCCAGUGCUGUUUGUGGUGGUGAAGAAAGUGAACAACGAUGGCCUUGUCCGGACUGCACAUACAUGAAUGUUCUGAAAUCUCGUCAUUGUGCGGUGUGUAUGUGUAGACGCCCUGCUGUUUUUGAUGCUGAAGAUGAGAAAGAAUUUGCCUGCAAAGAUGAAUGUUCAAUCGAUUUUGAACAAGUUGAAAAGUUAGGAAAAGCUCUGCAUAAAUGGGAUUGUUCGCAAUGUACUUACAAAAACUGGCCAAACGUUAAACACUGCACGAUGUGUGGUACACCAAAGGAUUAUGUAUCUGUGGGGAUUGGAAGCGACAUCAUUGGUCAGGAUUCUUAUGGAGAAAGCGAUAUUGCAGCAUGUCGUUCCUUAAUCAGGAAAGAAACUGAUAACCUACCAGAAUAUGCGGAAAAAACUACAAAAGAUUUUGCUGGAGUAGAGGGUGAUGACCAUCAUGGGGUUGGAAACGCAAUUAAUGUAAAUUUAAAUAAACGAAUUACCUUUCUCGAUAUGUACCUUUGUCAUCUAAAUAAAUCAGUUGAUACGGGUUGUGCAUCAUUUUUGGAAACAUGUGCUGAAAUCCUCCGACAAAGUAGUGAUGCUGAAGCUAAACUUAUUCAUUACAUUUAUCAUUAUGGCGAAGGCAAUCGAAGAAUUAAUGGCUUUGAGACGAUGUUGUUGAACGAUAUUGAUGAGGAAAGUGCAUUAACAGUUGUCAAUCGCUCAAUUAUUGAUAUCAUUCGAAGCAAGAACAGCAGGACUUUGGCAAGUGUGCCAAGAUUUUUCACUGAUUCCUUAUCUUGCACAGUUGCAAUCCCAGGACUAGCAAGUGGUGAUUGUUCUGAUGAAAUCCACAAGAAAAUACGCGAAAGUAUGUAUGAAGAUUAUGAUAUGACACGUGUCGCCAACAAUAAUGCCUUGUUUACUUUACCGAAUGCGAUUUAUGAUUUGCGACCUUGGGUAGUUUCUGGUGAAAGUAACUUACGCGUCCUCAUGGAUCUCGACGAUCGUCAAGUUCUUGAUACAGUGUGUUGUAUGGAUGCGUACUCUUUGUCAGGACCAACAAGCUGUCAAACUUAUGCACCAGUACUGUUACGAAAUCGUGGAGGAGGACAUAGUCUCGUGGAUGCGGUUUCACAGGCAUUGUGGGGUGUAAUUGACAAGAGCAAUACGCUUCGUGAUGCACUAUACCACACGUUAUAUGCAAUGGAAACCAACUUUCGUGGUCGGUGGGCAGCUUCUUUAAUGAAACUUGGAUUAAAUUUUGAUAUUUGGAUGAUGCAACGUCAUUGGUCAAGCAUUAUUGAGUGUAGUGACCCUGGUUUCCCGUUAGAGCAGAUUCAUGUACUCGUUCUGGCACAAGUAUUGAAUCGUCCAAUCAUUGUAUUUCCUAUUGAAUCGUCAAAAUUAAACCCAUUUCCCGCUCGAGAUGGACGUCCUGGUGGUUGGAAACAUCCGGUUGAAGGGUUUUACCCACAAUUGCCUGGUUUGAACAAUUACCGAUUGUGCCCACCUUUGUUACUCGGCUAUACUAAUGGAAAUUUUUAUGCUCUUAUCUUACCUCCACGUCCUGUUGUUGGAAGAGUAGAUAUGGGUCGUCCAUCACGCAUUUAUCGCUAUAUACGCUGUCCACCUUAUCCUCUUACGGAGUACGUGCAAUUUGCGAUGGAUGCAAAAGAAGCGGAAGAUUUCGUUAAGGACAACAUUGUUGUUGAUGUUGAUUGGAACGGGCAACAAUGGAUUUAUCAUUCAACAUUUGGUGCACCUCAUGCAAAGAAUGAUAUGGGCUUUCUGUUGUGGAAAGACUGGAUUAAAGCGCAUUUCCCAAAAAUAAUUCACGAGGAUUGCGAGGCGCAGAAUGUGGUUGCAGUUCCUGAAGAUAGUGCUUCAAAAGUGGGUCGGAUUGGUGGUAAAUCGGUUUAA